AUGUACUUCCUGCGGCAGCUCAGGAAAGCCAAGCUGCAGUUCUACACGGCCAUCACCUCCUCCAUCUCCUCCUCCAUCACCUCCUCCAUCACCUCCUCCAUCACCUCCUCCAUCACCUCCUCCAUCACCUCCUCCAUCACCUCCUCCAUCACCUCCUCCAGCACCUCCUCCAUCACCUCCUCCAGCACCUCCUCCAUCACCUCCUCCAAGGGUGUGUGGGAGUCACGUGUCCAAUCAGCAACGCAUCUGCACCUGUGCGCGCGCUCCAGUCCACGCACAGGGGACCACGGGAUUGCACGCGCACGGGGAUGGACGCGCGUGACCGGAGAAGGAGCCACAAACAAGAUCUCGUGUCUCGGUGACUUCACCAUGAACCCGUACAGUGACAUCACCCUCACGCCGCGCUAUGACCUCACUUCCUUGUCUACCGAUGAUGUCACUCCCUCCAUCCAUCUUAGCCCCGCCCCUCUGCCCAACGACCAAUCAGAGGAGCUUCAGCAUGACCUGCAAUGCCAGACGGACCAAUUGGGGCUCUCUAAUCCGUACGCUGAACUGGUGUUUCCAAGGCCCGACCCCCACGCUACUCUCGUCCAAUCAGAGAGCAUCAAUGUUGACCAGUUGGAGCAGUUUGAGGCGGGGGAUGAGACCCGGCGUGUCUCUGUGGUCUCUGUGCGAAACCCAGACCUGGACCCGAACCCAGAUCUGGACCCAGACCUGGACCUGGACUGCGCCAUCUGCUUCAGUGGCUUCAACAACGCCUUCCGCUGCCCCAAGCGGCUGCAGUGUGGCCACACCUUCUGCCUGGAGUGUCUGUCCCGUAUGAACGUGAAGGCGGAGGAUCCCGGGCAGGUCCUGUGCCCCUUCUGCAGGACACCCACCCCCCUGCCCCCCCUGGGACCCCCCAAGCUCAGCACAGACCCCAGGAUCCUGCACCACCUGCCCCUCAACAUGCAGAAGGUCUACAGCAUCAGGUUCCAGAGGAGCAGGGGACGACUGCAGCUCAAGAGACCUGACUCGGCGCUGACCCAGAGCUCGCGGCGGCGCUCUCUGGAUGUGGGGCUUCCCAGUCCGGUGCCCAGGGGCGGAGCCAGAGGUGGAGUGGGCGGAGCUCUGUUCAGAUUGACAGAUCGUCCGGCCUGUCGUGCCUUCCUCCUCACCGCCGUCAUCUUCAUGAUCGUGCUGCUCACCGGCGCCAUCGCGCUGCUGCUCUCCAUCUUCGGGCCGCAGUGA